AUGGUGGAGAAGUGGAUCCGGGGCGUGAAGAGGGACUUUCUCGACGCCGCAACGAACAAGUGCGUCGGGUUGGACUGCGAGUUCACCGACCCUCGCGUGCGUAAUCAGCGCGCCGCCGUCCUUCAACUCUCGGUGGUGUCCGAGACUUUGGUGUUCCAGAUUAUUCAUUCCGAUAGAGUGCCACAACUGCUCAAGGAUUUCUUGCAGGACGGGUACAUCAAAUUCUGCGGCGCCUCUAUCGGCAAUGAUGUGAAAAAGCUAAGUCUCUACGGCAUUCACAUCACUUCUACGUACGACCUCUAG